CAAGAAAACACCCAUUUUGAUGUCACGGACCUAGUCUCAUGUAGAAUUUCUUCUUGCUAUUUCUGUAAUACAACGUCUUAUGUAUUUGACCUUGGGUUUGCGGACUAUUCGUCUGAAUUUCGAACUGGGCGGGUUAUGAAUUUCUUGAGUAUUCCUUUAAAGAAGUCGGCUCCUGUUGAUUUAUCCAGUAAUUUUCAACAGUUGAUCGCCCUGCAAUAUGGUGCUCCAACCGCAAAUGCGUGCCUUGGUUCACUCGGUGAGUUAUCGUCAAUGCGAACUGUCGCAUGUGUCAAAGGCGAUAACUACAACCCGACAGUCGAAGCAAUCGCAGCGUAUCAUGAUGCAAUGUAUCAAUUAGAAGGACGUCUAAAUGUGAAUGUUGCUUCACGAGUUGAUUUUAAGUGGAGCGAUAUUUCUGGAAAAUCUAACAAAAAAGAAAGCUCUCUUAAAUUUGAACGUUCAAAUGUCUUGUUUUGCUAUGGUGCUGCUCACAGUCAACUUGGUGAAUCGUGCCGUCCCAAUUGUGAAAAUUCACUCCAACAAGCUUUGAAAUCUUUCAAGAUUGCUUCUUGCACAUUUGAUUACAUAUCUUCAGAUUUGAUGUCUGGGGUUAAAGAUCCUCUACCAGAUUUAACUUCAUCAGCACUAACACUGUUCAGUAAUCUUAUGCUUGCUCAAGCAUAUGAAUGUGUCCUCUCGAAAGCUGAAAAAGAUAAGAAAAAGCCUGCCAUUUUAGCAAGAAUAGCAUCAACCUUGACUAGUCUUUACGAAGACUGCCUGUCAGAUUGUUCAGGUGGAGCUAAAAAUGUUGUUCCAAAAGAUUGGUCUGGUGUAUUAAGCAUGAAAAAAGGUUUAUAUGAAGCUCUGACACAAUAUCAUCAAUCUAAAGCUUGUUGCGAAGCCAAACAGUACGGGGAACAAGUAGCUCGCAUAUCAUUUGCUUAUGAGCUAAUCAAAUGUGUUGCUCGAAGUAGUUGUUUUCAGAGAAAGAAUUUAGUGGAACAAUUUAAACAAGAAGAAUCAGUUGCAAUAAAAGACAAUGACCAUAUAUAUCACGAAAAGGUACCCGCCAGAGGAAGUCUUGCUCCUGUCGAAAUUGUUGAUGUCAUUAAAAAAACCCCACUCACGUUCCCUUUGUCCUCAUCGACUACCAAAGAUUACUUCGAAAAUCUACUUCCUAUCGCUGUUACAGAAGCUGUUAACACCGCUAAAGGUGUUCGUGCAUCUCUUAUCGACAGCGAAAUUUGCACGCUACGAGGAGCAUCCACUAAAGUGAAUGAAGUGUUAGCUUCAUAUAAUUUCCCGGCAGCAUUACUUGCUAAGGGAUCAAACUCAAUUACGGAUAAUAUUUUAUCCAAAGCUACUUCUAUACGUCGAGAUGGUGGGGCAGAAAAAUUGUAUCAGCAACUAAUGUCGAUACCUGAAUGCGUUCAACGUAAUAAAGAAAUUAUUGAGGCUGAGAAAAGUUCACUAGAUGAUGAAGAGAAUUCUGAUAAUAGUUUACGAAAACAAUAUGGUGAACGUUGGUCACGGAAACCAUCAAGUGAAUUGAACAAAUUAUGGCGUUCUGAUAUACAAAAAUGUUUGAAUUUACUUGAACAAACUACGAAAACUGAUGCAUCUCUUUUAGAACGAUAUGAGAAGCAUAAAGAACAUUUUGAAAUAUUAAGUAAACCAGAAGCUGAACUUGAAACGCUUAUUGGAUCAGAUGCAAAAUUUGCCGAAUCUAAUACUGAAGCCAAUAAUGAAGAACUAAAAUCUGAACUAACUCAAUUAUGCAACAAACUAGAAUUAAUUAAGACGGAAAGAAAUGAUCUAAUAGAACAGUUGAAAUUAGUUGAUUAUUCACCGGAUCUAGUUAAAAAGCUAUUGACGUACUAUAGAGAACAUAAUGAAACAGUUGAUUUACAAAUUGCUACUGAUAUGCUUGAUGAAAAAAUGGUAUCUGUGCGUGAACUUAUUCAAGAAAAUCUAAAUAAACAAGAAAGUUUAUUAAAUGACUUACAAACAAAAGCUGAUAUGUUUUACGGUGGGUCCGAUGGUAAUUCAAAAGACAAAGGACUAUUGACAAUGCUUAAUCUGGCUGCAGAUGAGUAUUCUGCACUUAAAGAAGCUGUUAGUGAUGCCACGAAAUUUUACGCUGAGCUUACUGAGAUUUGUGUGAAUACCCAGUGUAAGAUUGAAGAUUUCUGCGCUGCACGUACUACUGAGAAAAAUGAAUUAAUGUCUGAUAUUACAACAAAUAUAAGCCGGGUUCGUGUUUCAGACCAACAAGUCUUUUCGAAACCAUCUGUCCCUACUCGACCUGAACCAUCUUAUGCUAACCGUGUCAACCCUGUUCCUCCCGCUCAUCCUCAAGUUCCAAUGCCAACACCAACAAUUCCCAUGAUGAAUAGUACCACAUAUCCGAUGCCUCCACAAGCAUGGAAUCCUCAAGGCUAUCCUGUGAUGCCUCAACCUUCACCAUAUGGUAAGCAUUAAAAGUUUGAUGUAUAUUGUUUUCAACAGAAUGUGGAAUGGAAGUUUUUUCUGUGGAAUGGCUCCUUAUCCAGCAAUGUAUCCAUUCUAUGGCGCUUAUCCUACAAUGCCAAUGCCUCCAAAUGCAGCAUUUUCUCCCCCUAACAUGAUGCUUCCUGCUCAUUCAAUGGGUGGUAAUGGUGCUUUUCCUAGUGUUGGUGGAGGCAAUACUGAUGCACAUGCUCCCCUUGCUGGUGGUGGUCUUCAGGGACAAUAUCUACCUGGACAACCUUCUGCACAGCCUUAAAAAGAUUUCUCUAUGAACAUUUGAUUUUUGUUAUAUUCUCGAUAUCUUUGUUUAAGAAAUGUUUCUUAUGUCUGUGUUUUUGUACUACACAAAACGUGUAUUUAUUAUAAGUAUCCCAUUUAUUGAUUUAUUUUUCGACAAUCUUUAAAAUAAAAAAUGACUUUAAUGAUCUAAAAUACUUUUAUGUUUCUUUCUCAUAUUCGUCCUCUUCUAUAAAUAAAAAGCUAAAAAGUGACUUUCGACUGCUUGUAUUUUUUGACUUUUUUAUGAAGGUCAUGAUGAACAAGUGUUUUAUGUAAGCAAUAAUCGAUUUUUUUCACGAAUAGACACAUACACCUAAUUUAGCAUUAUGAUUGCGAAUUCAAUGUAUAUGCAAAUUAAAAACAAAACUUUUGCUAUUCAAUCAGUAGUCCAAUAUUUUGGAACUGAUAUAGUCAUUUCUCUGUGUGGAAAUUCCAACUAUAAGACUAAAAUAAAUUAGCUCUCUAAGCAUGAAACGAAAUCGAUCCAGGCACUGAUUAUUUUUGAAGCCUAAAUGACACUGAAUGUACAAAUAUAUAUGUUUAGUUAAUAAAAUGUUGUUUUUUG